UGGCCAUCUCGACGUUGCAGGCUCCCGCACCGCCACUGUAGUACGAACAAGGGUGGAUGCGAUGGUCAUGCAGCUCGCUUCUGCGCUUCCUGAAGGUUCGGAAUCGUCGCCGAGACUCCUCCGACCUCUUCACUGGUCACUGGUCGUUGAACAACGUGUCCACUACACUUGUUGAGAAGUUCUUGUUUCCCUGGGCCGGACCCGUUGUACAUAAGCUCGUAGGUUUUCAGCUCCCAGGUGUCCGUUUUCCUCCGAUAGACGAACAUACUCGAGCCCCCAUUCAUUCUAAGGAAACGAAAAAAGAGCUCCAGUUCCGUGUAGAUUAUUGACUUCUGCACUGUCUACCAUGCCCAUAACAUUUGGUACAAUCGGCACCAACUGGAUCACAGAGUCAUGGAUCUCAGCGGCGCAUAAGACCGGCCAAUGGCGCCUGCACAGCGUCUACUCCAGAUCGGAAGAGCAGGCUCGCUCAUUCGGCUCGAAGUACCAGUGCUCCAACUGCUUCACUUCCCUUGACCGCUUCUUCGGCGACGGUGGACUGCAAGCUGUCUACAUUGCGUCACCGAACAGUCUACAUUACGAGCAGGCGAAGCAAGCGUUGAAAGCGAAGAAGCACGUCAUCAUUGAAAAGCCUGCCACAUCGACACCAGACGAGCUGGAUGACUUGUUCAAAAUUGCGGAGGGAGAGGGGGUCUUCCUGAUCGAGGCGUUCAGGCAUAUUCAGGAAGCGAACUAUAAGCUGUUGCAGAAGAUCGUGAACGACGAAAAGCGUCUUGGACCUAUCUAUGGGGCAAGCUUCACCUUUGCUUCGUACUCUUCGCGAUACAACAACGUACUCAAUGGUGAGGUACCAAACAUUUUCUCACUCGACUUCGCUGGCGGGAGUUUGGUGGACAUUGGUAUUUACCCCGUCACCUUCGCGAUCGCCCUAUUUGGAGCUCCGAAGACACAGACGUACGUCCCAUUUAUCUGUCAGACAGGGGUAGAUGGAGGCGGCAUGAUCAUUCUCCGGUACAACAAUUUCGGCGUUCAAAUCAACAAUGCGAAGUGCUACACCAGCACUGCACCAUGCGAGGUGUAUGGCGAGAAGGGUACCCUUACCAUCAACGGCACCACGGAUAUCUCGUCCUUGAAGCAUUGGAGUCCGAAAACGAAGGAGACUGAGGAGCUGGCAGGCUCGUAUAAGACGGUAGAGAAGCCGAACGUGAAUAUGGAGGAGGAGGCCGUGGAGUUCGCUCGAAUCAUCAAUGAGAGAGACUCGAAGGCAGCUGCUGAGCUGGAGCAAAUCAGCAAGAUCGUCGUGCGAGUGCUCACGGACCUGAGGCUGCAGAAUGGCAUCAAGUAUCCGACCGACAAGGAAGAGUCUAGCCUGACCAUGCGCCGUUAACGCAUGCACCCAUUUAACCGACCAUCCUGGACACAAUACUCGGAUCUACUGCGUAGGCUGUCCACAGCUUCUCUAUCGUCUUAGGGUUGUCCCACCUCUCUGCUCGGGACAUUGUCCGACAGUCAGCAACCAGUGGCCGUACACUAUC